AUGUGGCGUCUGUUGCUGCUCCUCCAGCUACUGUGCAUUGGCCUGGUUAAUGCCCAAAUCCAGCCGAGAAUCGUGGGCGGCACCACCACCACCCUGUCGGCGGUGGGUGGCUUCAUGGUGAACCUGCGCUACGAUGGCAAAUUCUACUGCGGUGGCUCCCUGGUGAGCAGCAGGCACGUGGUCACGGCGGCCCACUGCCUCAACGGCUACAAGGCGGGCAGGAUAACCGUCCAGGGAGGCGUGAGCCAGCUGAGCCAGACGGGCGUCGUGAGGAGGGUGGCCAAGUACUUCAUCCCCAACAGCUUCAGCAGCUCCAGUCUCAACUGGGACGUGGGCGUCGUCCGGCUGCAGUCAUCCUUAACGGGCAGUGGGAUCACCACGAUACCCCUGUGCUCGGUUCAGUGGAAUGUCGGCGACUACAUGCGCGUCUCCGGCUGGGGAGUCACUCGCUACGGCAACUCCAGUCCCUCCAAUCAGCUGCGCACCGCCCGCAUCCAGCUGAUCCGCAAGAAGACUUGCCAGGCGGCCUAUGCGAACAAGGACUCCCUCACCGCCUCCACCUUCUGUGCCCGCUCCGGGGGCAAGGACAGCUGCUCCGGCGACUCGGGAGGAGGAGCGAUCUUCAAUAACCAACUCUGCGGCAUCGUCUCCUGGGGACUGGGAUGCGCCAAUGCCCAGUAUCCUGGCGUCUACACCAGCGUCAAUCGGGUGCGCAGCUUCAUCGUCGGCGCCAUGAAGAAGUAG